CUUCACACAAGUUGGAAGUAAUGAUACAAGUCAGCAAGUGAAACGAAGAGGGAUCGUAUCUGUGAAUAGUUAAAGGGGUGUGCGCCCCGGUUUCUCUGAACAUAAGUGUGAUUAUUAUAUUUGACAAUAAACUUUUAUUCAUACUAUAUGAAUUGGAAAUAACAGGUUCUCGAUAUGGGAGGAUUACUCAGUUAUUUUCGCAAUUUGCUCGGGAGCCGGGAAAUGCGAAUUUUAAUUCUUGGCCUGGAUGGAGCCGGGAAAACCACGAUUUUAUACAGAUUACAGGUGGGUGAGGUGGUUACAACAAUACCUACUAUAGGGUUCAAUGUAGAACAAGUUACAUAUAAAAAUUUAAAGUUUCAAGUGUGGGAUCUUGGUGGUCAGACUAGUAUACGACCAUAUUGGAGGUGUUAUUACUCGAAUACAGAUGCAAUAAUUUAUGUUGUGGAUUCAGCAGACAAAGAUAGGAUAGGCAUAUCAAAAGAUGAAUUAAUUUACAUGUUGAGAGAAGAAGAAUUACAAGGUGCUAUCUUGGUAGUCUUGGCAAAUAAACAAGAUAUGGCAGGUUGUUUAAGCGUUGCCGAAGUUCAUCAGGCGCUUGGAUUGGACGCCCUUAAAAACAGAACGUUCCAAAUAUUUAAAACAUCCGCGACGAAAGGCGAGGGUCUCGACCAAGCGAUGGAUUGGCUGUCGAACGCGCUGCAAAGUAGAAAAUGAUUAACAUUAUUAAAGUAUCUUUUUUACCCAAGCCUUACUGAGAAGACUAGUCAUAUGACUGUCACUUUGAAUCACCCAUGCUGAGCUGGGCGUAUCAUUAUGUUUAUUUAUUACAAUUAUAUUUUAAAUAGCCUUACAAUUUCCAUGAAGAAUCUAAUCUAAGAUUUAUCAUACCUUGCGUAAUGUGAAACACGGAAUAAAACUAGAAAGUUUUAUCUUUCUACGAAACUUAAACUGAAAUAAAAAUAGACGAUCUCUUGA